UGUUUAGAAAAAAAAUAAACCGCGACCGGCGCUCUUCUUCCCGGCGAUCGUCGGGCUCCGCUCCGCCUGCGCGGCGCUCCCGAAUCUCCGGUCCCGUAGUCGUCGGAAACCCUACCGGCGUUUGCCUGUUUAGCUUAGGCAGCCAGAGGGAGAGCGAGGUGGUUCUCUGUGUCGAGGCGUCCGAUUUGGAGCCGGUGAUUCGCCCCCUCUUCCCCGAACAGUCGAACUAAGUGGCAAGUGGUUUCAGACAGUAGGUUCUUGGCUGCUCGCGUCUGCUUGGCGCCUUGGCUUGUACUGGAAGUUUGUGGCUUGAGGAUAUUACUCUGCUCCUUUCGCUAGCUAUCGUUUGGCUCAUGGGUCAAUGGGCUACUAGGUUUGUGGGUUAAUCCAAAUUGAGCUAGGGUAGUGAGGUUGCUGGUCUCAUAACAUUCUGUUUGGUCAAUCAAGAUGUCUGGAAGUGAUGGCAAAUCUCAAACUGCAGCUGGGCGAAUAAAAGCACAGGCCAUAUCAGCUGCUAAGGGACUGAGCAGGGCACAAGCGGAACGUGCAGCUGCAGCAGCUGCUCGCAAUGUCAAUGCCUAUGGGCAGAAGGAAGAGGGGCCAAGCCGCUGGCAGGAGAGGAAGGAAGCCAAGAGACAGAUGUAUUUGGAGAGUACGGAAAAGGCUGCAGUACUGGGUGUGAAACCAAAAGAUGUAGCUACUUCUUCUGGUGGUGCAUAUUCCCAAUGUCAGAACUGCUUCCAGCUUGGGCAUUGGACAUACGAGUGCAAGAAUGACCGUGCUUACAUAUCACGACCCUCAAGGUCACAGCUGCUUAAGAACCCCAAGUUGAAGAAGACGAUUGUGUUAGAAUCCUACCGAUUUGUUAAUCCUGAUCUUGAAAAGGAGAGGGAGGAGGAAAGGAAGCUGAUGAAAGAAAAGAUGGAGAAAGAAAAAUCAGAAAGAGGGAAGGGAAAAAGUAAGAGAAAAUACCACUCACGGAGAGCUUCAGAUCGGAAUAGUAGCGAGGCUUCGGUGUUUGACUCUGACACUGAAUCAUCAGGGACUGGCUCUGAAUAUUCUUCUGAAAGCGGCAGUUCAAGUUGUAGUUCCUCGGACUCAGAGGAUGAGAAGCGGCGAUAUAAAAGGAAGCAGAAGAAGAGAAGGGAAAGCACAUCAUCAGCGUCAUCUGAAUCUGAAUCUGAAUCCGAGUCGGAUUCUGAUUCUGAUGACAUGGGCAGCCGGAAAAAGAGCAGAAGGCGAGGCAAUAGACGCUGAUUCUGACAGAAUGAGCCUGAGAACAGUGAAUGGCAAUGAGGAAGUCAAAUAUGUCAUCUCAUUUCAUUGCACAUUCAUCAUCCGAGAAACGAAUUUUACAGUUUUUACCCAAGCGCUAGUGCUGUUGUUUUCACUGCACUAAGUGCUUGAAGCUCUAGAUCUUUCUUGUUUGAUGUAUCUGUGAGAGCAGCGAAUGAUGUAACCACAUUCAUCUGUAAAUUUUUAAAUUUAGUCCGUUUGCUUUCCUGAAA